AUGGUCGUCUUUGCUCUGCUCGUCAUAAACAAAGCCGGUGGUCUGAUUUACAAUCGUACAUUCGCGCCGGGUCUACAGAAGCUCGACUCCAAUGAGUAUCUCAUGCUCGCGGGCACUUUCCACGGAAUCCACGCCAUCUCAAGGAGCAUCAACCCAGCACCCUCGACACCGGCACCGCCAGGAAACCGCAAGCCGCCGACUACUGGUAUCGAAAGUCUGGAGAGCAGUCACUUCCGACUGACAUGCUUCCAAACACCGACCGGUGUCAAAUUUCUGCUGUUCGCGAGCCCGGAGCAACCCAACACGGAUGUUGUGGUACGCCGCUGCUACGAGUUCUAUGCGGAUUUCGUCAUGAAGAAUCCCUUCUACAGCCUAGAUAUGCCUAUUCGCGUGGAGAAGUUCGACCGCGCACUCGGCGCGUACCUUGUACGGCCGACCUGA